AUGGAUAAUGACAUGUGUGAAAAUUUUUCUGUAGUAAUUCAACAUUAUCCUGAUGAAUUAAAUAUUCAUGAUGGAAGUAAUUUUGAUAAUAUAACAGGUAUUAGGAAUUACUGCCUUGAUAGAGAAUGUAAGACUGAGCUCGAUAAGAUAAAUGCUGUAUGCUUAUGGUUGCUCAAUGAAAAUAUUGCUAAAGGGAUUGAUUAUUUAAGUAACGAUCAGGUUGAAUCGUUUAUUAUAUACAUUAUGAUAUGGUUAAAUUAUAAGUUAAACCUAAAGAAAGAUGAACAAACCAACCUAAAUAAUUUGUAUACUAAUCAUAUAGAAAAGAAUGAGAAUUAUAUUAAUUGUAAAGAUUAUGAUGAGAAUGAUUGUAAUAGUAAAUUAAAAGAAAAAGCGGAAUAUAAUAAUUUUAAGGAAAUCAUGUAUAAAAGAAAGGAUUUGUUGGACAUUAAUUUUGAAGAUAUAUCUAAAUUUUUUGAAGCAUUUAAAUUAUUAUGUAAAAUGCAUGAUGAAUUUAAUGAAAAAACGCUAGAAUGCACGGAAUAUUUGGGAUAUGCAAAUAAAAUUGUUGGCAAAUUUAAAGAACUUAAUGAAAAUUCUAGUGCUACUGGAAACACUUUAUAUAGUCAAGUAUGGUCUACUUUAUCAACUGAUUAUGAUAAUUUUAAAGAGAACUAUAAUGAUAUUUGUGAGAGUAUUCCAUCCUUUCCAUCGAUAAAAAUAACACAACAUCAAAUAAAAAGUUCUGAACAUGGUUCUGUACAAAAUUAUGGUGUUACAUCAUCAAGCUUGUCGAUAGUAAACAAAUUAAUUCUAGCUUUAUCAAUAUUCAGUGCAAUAACAAUCUUUUUAGGAAUUUUUUAUAAGUGUUCGUUAUUUGUAUUACGGAAAAGAGCUCAAAAACAACAUUUAAGAGAAAAACUAAAAAAUAUAAAGAAGAGAAUGAAUCAUUAA